AUGUGGACCACUGAGUUCAGUCUCGUGUAUACUGUUGACCCUCCGGAUCUGUGGAUUCCUCCUCUGUGGGUACAAGUGGAGACGAUUGUAGCCUCCUCAACUAUGUCUAAGAUGCUGUAUCAGGAUGUUUACCAGUUUGGUCAGAAGCUGAUCCACAGGCGGCCUCUGGAGCCCAGGGAAGAGUCUGAGAGCCGCAUGGCUCGUUGUCUGAACACCUUAGACCUGGUGGCCCUGGGCGUGGGCAGCACCUUGGGAGCGGGUGUGUACAUCCUGGCUGGUGAAGUGGCCAAGGACAAAGCUGGGCCAGCGAUUGUCAUCUGCUUCCUGGUGGCCGCCCUGUCUUCUGUGUUGUCUGGGCUCUGCUAUGCAGAGUUUGGGGCCCGGGUACCAUGCUCCGGUUCUGCAUAUCUCUACAGCUAUGUCACAGUGGGACAACUGUGUGCCUUCAUUACCGGCUGGAACCUCAUACUGUCCUAUGUCAUCGGCACUGCCAGCGUGGCCCGGGCCUGGAGCUCCGCUUUUGACAGCCUGACUGGGAACCACAUCUCUCACGUGUUACGGGGAGCUUUCUCUCUGCACGUGCCCUACUCCCUGGCCAAGUACCCAGACUUUUUUGCGCUGGGCUUGGUACUGCUGCUUACGGGAGUGCUGGCUCUGGGAGCUCGCGAGUCGGCCCUGGUUAACAAAGUGUUCACAGGCUUGAACCUUUCGGUUCUCAGCUUCACGGUCAUCUCUGGCUUCGUCAAGGGAGAUCUGCACAACUGGCAACUCACAGAACAGGACUACAAAUUGAACACAUCUGGAUCCAAUGACACCUCUAGAUGGGGCCCUCUGGGUUCUGGAGGGUUUGUGCCUUUUGGCUUCGACAGGAUUUUCCAAGGAGCAGCUACCUGUUUCUAUGCAUUUGUUGGUUUUGAUGCCAUUGCCACUACAGGGGAAGAAGCCCGAAAUCCUCAGCGAUCCAUCCCCUUGGGCAUUGUGAUCUCGCUCCUCAUCUGCUUUUUGGCAUAUGCUGGUGUCUCGGCAGCACUCACCCUCAUGGUGCCCUACUACCAGAUUCAUCCUGACAGCCCCUUACCACACGCUUUCCUCCAUGUCGGCUGGGCCCCUGCCAGAUAUGUCGUGGCUGUUGGCACCCUCUGUGCUCUUACAUCCAGCCUCCUGGGUGCCAUGUUCCCUAUGCCUCGUGUCAUCUACUCAAUGGCAGAUGACGGGCUUCUUUUCCGGGGACUUGCCCAGAUCCAUGCCCGUACACGCACCCCCAUCAUGGCCACCUUGGCUUCUGGAACGCUUGCAGGGGUCAUGGCAUUACUUUUUGAGCUCAGUGAUCUCGUGGACCUCAUGUCAAUCGGAACCCUGCUGGCUUAUUCCCUGGUGUCUUUUUCUGUUCUUGUCCUCAGGUACCAACCAGACCAGAAUUUAAGCGAGAUUGAGAAAACAGAGAAAGAAACUGAGAUGAAGCCUGUAGUUGAAGAAAGCCCUUUGGAAUCUGUACCUGAAGCAGGAACCUCAAAGAUUCUCAAGAGUCUGUGUGACCCUCUCCACACCAUCCCCACCCUGAAAUCUGGCCAGAUUAUCUAUGGCUGUGCCUCACUCCUUGUUCUCCUGCUGACGACCCUGAGCCUGAUACUGGCCCAGUGGCCCAGCCACGUGUUCUCUGGAGACCCCGUGUAUACGACAGCAGCUGUGCUGCUGUUACUGCUCACCACUGGGCUCACUGUCAUCAUUUGGAGGCAGCCCCAGAGCCCCACUCCCCUUCACUUCAAGGUCCCUGCGUUGCCUCUUCUCCCGCUCAUGAGCAUCUUUGUGAAUGUUUACUUGAUGAUGCAGAUGACCUCUGGGACUUGGGCCCAAUUUGCUGUCUGGAUGGUGAUUGGAUUUGUCAUAUACUUUGGAUAUGGCAUCCGACACAGCUUGGAGAAGAAUAAUCAACAGCCACCAGCCUCCAACUCCCAGACUUUUGACAAAAACAUCCCUGGUGCUGAAUCACCUUAA